AUGGCGGAAAGUGAAAUUUUGCCAGGUUUUAGAUCAAGUAGUACUAGUAGUAGUGCAGAGAGUACUGAGGAAGCUGUAAGACCAAGUACAGGUAGAUGGCGAAGAGGUAGAAGCAGAGGUGGUAGAGAAAGGGGUGGAAGAGGUAGAAGAGGAAGAGGAGUUAGCAGGCUAUCUAGUAGAAGCAGAUCUUCACAGAGAUCAUCGAGGGACCAGGUGGCAGAAGUUGCUGCGGAAAAUCUUUUGAAAAGACAAGAAACAAUGAGGAAUGCUAUUUCUAAAAUGGAUGUUGCCCAGUUAAGGGACAUAUGUUUGUCUAUGGCUGAGAAGCAUCCCAGUCUUGUAUUUGACCUGUUACAGCCUCCAGUGCCACAGCCAGGUGGAUACCAUCCACAGCCUGAUGUGGCAUCACCAUCCUGGUGUGUGUGCCAGAAAUGUAGAGAGAUGCCAACAGACAUUGAAAAACAGUGUUGUGGAAAGGAAAACUGCAUUACAUUAUUACCAGUAAGUGAAAUUUCAGCAAAAUAUUUUAUUCAAAAUAAACAUUACUUUAAGGCAUAUUUGACAAGUUUUUUUUCAUUACAGGACUUCUCUGUUCUCAACUUAGAUGAGGGGGUAUUGAACCUUGCAAGACUUUACAGAAGGGAUGUUCUGGCUCUAGACGAUGAAGAAAACAACACAAAAGCUAACAGAUAUCAAGCGUAUAGACAAUUUACGCUGUGGGUCCACGGUCAUCUAGGGGCUGGCAACAGGAGAGUAAUCCCAUCCUGCUCUGUGUGGGCAAUUAGAGACAAAUUUCCAGAUGCCUAUGGACAUUAUAGGGGGUUUAUUCCUAACAGGAUUGGCUAGCUAGAACUCCGUCAAUUAGUAGUAAUCAUUUAGCACAAGCUAGUUAGAACUCUUGUCAAUUAAUAGUAAUUAUUUAGCACAAGCUAGUUAGAACUCCCUCAAUUCUUAGUUAUUAUUUAGCACAGUUUUUUUUAAAGUUUUUAAUGUGAUAGACCCACACAUCUCAUAAACAUAUUGUGUGUUAUGUUUGUUCAGUCACAACCAAAUCACCUCUUCAGAUUCACUAUUUUAACUGCUGAAAGGUUCUCCUCUGAAUGAUGUGAGGCGGUGGUAAGCUAAGAAUAAGGAAAACAUACAGCUUGUGCUACACAAUUACUGUUAUAUGAUUCCAG